UCCCACGAUCUCCCAAGGACAGAGUCUGGAACGAAUACAUCAAACUCCGAAAGGUUUUCCGCCUUUUCUUCUUCUGCCACUUCAGUUUCAAUAUUGUUUCGGAAGAGGAGAAGGGCGUGCCUUGGGAGCUCCUUUUCCCGCGCAACCUAGGGAGCAAAAGCUGGAGCCACGGCACAGGGAUGGCAGCGUCCCGGCUCGCCCCGCAGUGGGCGGGCCCCUCUGAGCGGAGGGCCUGUGGGCGGGACCUCAGUGGCAGGGCCCUUCCGUGGGCGGGGCCUUUCCAUGGGGCGGGGCCUUCCGUGGGCGGGGCCCAAAGGCCGGAAGUGGCCUCGUGGACCUGCCCCAACCGAACUUGAGUUCCUGACCGGGUGUCCCGGGAACCUGAAGGCAGCGGCUUGGGCUCUGCACACCAAAACCACCCGGUCUCCGCGUUCGUGCUGCUGCCGCCACCCGAGACGAUGGUGGCUCGUCUGCUGCUGCGCGCCUGGCCCCGGGGCCUUGCUGUUGGCCUGGCAGCCCCCUGUCGGACCCUAAGCGCCGGCUUCGAGCCCGGUCAGUACCUGCAGCGCAGCAUCGUGCCCACUAUGCACUUCCAGGACAGUCUACCCAGGCUGCCUAUUCCCAAACUUGAAGAUACCAUGAGAAGAUACCUCAGUGCGCAGAAGCCUCUCUUGGAUGAUGGCCAGUUCAGGAAAACAGAAGAAUUGUGUAAGAAUUUUGAAAAUGGAAUUGGAAAAAAACUGCACGAGCAGCUGGUUGCUCAGGACAAGCGGAAUAAACACACCAGCUACAUUUCAGGCCCCUGGUUUGACAUGUACCUGACUGCUCGAGACCCCAUUGUCUUGAACUUCAAUCCGUUCAUGGCCUUCUACCCCGACCCAAAGUCCGAGUACAACGACCAGCUCACCCGGGCAACCAACCUGACGGUCUCUGCCCUCCGGUUUCUGAAGGCACUUCGGGCCGGCCUCUUGGAGCCGGAAGUGUUCCACUUGAACCCGGCCCGAAGUGACACGGCCACCUUCAAGCGGCUCAUACGCUUGGUGCCUUCCGCCCUGUCCUGGUACGGCGCCUACUUGGUCAAGGCCUACCCUCUGGAUAUGUCCCAGUAUUUUCGGCUUUUCAAUUCCACUCGACUCCCCAGACCCCAUCGAGAUGAACUCUUCACUGACGACAAGGCCAGACACCUCCUGGUGCUCAGGAAGGGCCAUUUCUAUGUCUUUGACGUCCUGGAUCAAGACGGGAAGAUUGUGAGCGCCUCCGAAAUUCAGGCUCAUCUGAAGUACAUUCUCUCGGACCGCAGCCUGGCCCCCGAGUUUCCGCUGGCCUAUCUGACCAGCGAGGACCGGGACAUCUGGGCGGGGCUCAGGCAGAAGCUGGUGCAGGGUGGCAAUGAGGAGACCCUGCGGAGAGUGGACACUGCUGUGUUCUGCCUCUGCCUAGACGACUUCCCGGUGAAGGACCCCAUCCACUUGUCCCACAGCAUGCUGCACGGCGACGGCACAAACCGCUGGUUUGACAAGUCCUUCAACCUCAUCCUUGCCGCGGAUGGCACGGCGGCUGUCCAUUUUGAGCACGCUUGGGGCGACGGGGUUGCCGUGCUCAGGUUCUUAAAUGAAGUGUUUAAAGACAGCACGCAGGCCCCUGCCGUCACUCCGCAGAGCCCGCCCGCCCGCACGGACUCGUCCCGCGCGGUGCAGAAACUCAGCUUCAAGCUGGACGACGCCGUGAAGGCGGGCAUCAGCGCCGCGAAGGCAAAGUUCGAUGCCACCGUGAAAACCCUCACCAUUGACUGCAUCCAGUUCCAGAGAGGAGGCAAAGAAUUCCUCAAGGUGCAGAAGGUGAGCCCUGACUCCGUGGCUCAGCUGGCCUUCCAGAUGGCCUUCCUGCGGCAGUACGGGCAGACCGUGGCCACCUACGAGUCCUGUAGCACUGCCGCCUUCAAGCACGGCCGGACCGAGACCAUCCGCCCGGCCUCCGUCUUCACCAAGAGAUGCUCUGAGGCCUUUGUCAGGGAGCCCUCCAAGCACAGCGCCGCAGCGCUUCGGCAGAUGGUGGCCGAGUGUUCCGAGUACCACAACCAGCUGACCCGAGAAGCAGCCAUGGGCCAGGGCUUUGACCGACACUUGUUUGCUCUGCAGUACCUGGCGAGAGCCGAAGGGGUUGCUCUGCCCGAGCUCUACCUGGACCCUGCAUACAAGCAGAUAAACCACAACAUCCUGUCCACCAGCACAUUGUCCAGCCCAGCGGUGAACCUUGGCGGCUUUGCCCCUGUGGUCCCUGAUGGCUUUGGCAUUGGGUAUGCUGUUCACAACAACUGGAUAGGCUGCAACGUCUCCGCCUACCAAAGCCGCAACGCCCGCGAGUUUCUCCAGUGUGUGGAGAAGGCCUUAGAAGACAUGUUUGAUGCCUUCGAAGGCAAAGCCAUCAAAACUUAGCUUUUGGGGUGGGGGAAAAGCCUCUGUUGCUUCAUCAGCUUAGAAAUUGGGGCCUCUGUAGCCAGUAGGUGCUAUUCUCUGACUAAUAAAACUAAUCACGAGGUGCCCGAGCACCAGGGCUAUAAGGUUUGAGCUUAAAAACCAUCGUUUUAGGACUUCCCAUCAUGGUGCAGCGGAAACGAAUCCGACUAGGAACGAUGAGGUUGCGGGUUCGGUCCCUGGCCUUGCUCAGUGGGUUGAGGAUCCGGCAUUGUCGUGAGCUGUGGUGUAGGUCGCAGACACGGCUCAGAUCCCGAGUUGCUGUGGCUCUGGUGUAGGCCGGCAGCAACAGCUCCAAAUACAACCCUGGCCUGGGAACCUCCAUAUGCCUCAGGUGUGGCCCUAAAAAGACAAAACAAAAAACAAAACAAAAACCAUGGUUUUAAAGCUAAACAUGUAAUUUCCAAAUGGAACUAGACAACAACCAAAAAGAAUAUGAGAUUUAGUUUUAAGGACAUUUAAUCAGGGGGUAAGAUGUGGAAAAUAACUCAGGUGUAUUUAUUGUUGAAGCAAAAAUAAAAUUUAAUUCUUGCUUGGA